GGGCGGCGCCGCGCACGGCAGGCAGGGGGGCGAAAGGGCGGUGGCCCCCGUGCUAAUCAUGCUGGUGGGGGAGAGCCCCCCGCGUAUUUCCGGCCCGUCGGGCGCGCGCGUUAAUUUUUGAAGGCGCCCGAGGGAGAGCGGCCGCCUGCAAGUGGGGCAGGAGCGAUCCCUCCUCCGAGUUCGAUGAAAGGCAGCGAUCAAACUGCGCGCAGCCGGCCUUGCACGCUAAGAAGGCAGGGCGGGGAAGAAGAAAAGCGGGGUGACACAGCUGCAGCCGGGCCCCCCGGGGCUGCCGGGCCUAGCGCCAACCAUACAAACAAACAGGCGGCAGCCAAGCCGCCAGCGCGUGCCCUGAUUGCGCCCCCGCCUCUGG